AUGACCGAGAACGCAGCGAAACGCCUCAAGACGGACAGUGGAGUGGUUGCCAUUGGCACUCACAACGGUCACUUCCACGCUGAUGAGGCCCUCGCAGUUUACAUGCUGCGCAAGCACAUCCCAACCUACGCCAACGCCAAGCUGGUCCGCACCCGUGAUCCCAAGCUUCUCGACGAGUGUGACAUCGUCGUCGACGUCGGCGGCGAGUAUGAGCCCGCCCGCCACCGCUACGACCACCAUCAGCGCAGUUUUUCCACCACCUUCCCCGAGCGGGCCACCAAGCUGAGCAGUGCUGGUUUGGUCUACAUGCACUUUGGCAAGCAGAUCAUCGCCCGCCGUCUCAGUCAGCCCGAGGAGAGCGAGCAAGUUGGGCUCGUGUGGAAUAAGAUCUAUCAGAGCUUUGUUGAGGCCCUCGAUGCCCACGACAACGGCAUCAGCGCCUACGAUGCUGCCGGUCUUGCUGCCGCUGGUUUGGAAAAGAAGUUUUCGGACGGUGGUUUCACUCUCGGCGCCAUGGUUGGCAGACUGAACCCCAACUGGAACGAACCAAUCCCCGAAGACCCCGUCGCCGCCCAAGCAGCUGAGGACCAGCGCUUCGAGCUUGCCAGCCAGCGCAUUGGCGAGGAGUUUGACCGCGGCCUGGACUACUUCACCUCGGCCUGGUUGCCUGCUAGAGAGGUCGUUGCAGAGGCUUUCGCGGCGCGAAACGAGUUCGACGCUGGUGGCCGCAUCAUGGUCCUCAAGAAGCAGUCUGCCCCCUGGAAAGAUCAUCUUUACACCCUCGAGGAGCAGAACCCCGAGGCCGGCAAGGUUCUUUACGUUUUGUACCCCGAGAAGCCCACCCCCGACGCCAAGUGGAGGAUCCAGUGUGUACCCGAGACCAAGGACUCGUUCCAGAGCCGGAAGCCAUUGCCUGAGGCCUGGAGGGGCUUCCGCGAUGAGGAGCUUGACGGCAUCUCUGGUGUGCCAGGCUCUGUUUUUGUGCAUGCCGCUGGCUUCAUCGGCGGCAACAAUACCUUUGAUGGUGCUCUUGCCAUGGCCCAGAAAGCUCUUCUAUGA